CACUGGAUGGAUGAGAGUGAUGGUACAAGUGAUUCCAUACUAAAGCAUAAACCUCUCUGGGCUACUUAUAACCAGAAUCGAAAGAAGGAGAAGAAAAGAACAGUAGAAAAGAAAAAACAAGGUGAUCUGCACCGCACAUAUGGUACCAGAGUCAUUCCAGUGUUUGUUCUAUCUUUAGCUGAUGUGGAUGAACAUCUUAUGAUGGAAGAUGAAAGUCUCGUUUGGACAAGUAAAGAUGUAGUUAUUGUACUCCAACAUCAGAAUGAUAAGAUACCUUUGAGCUAUGUUUCAGAAAUAGAGAGAAGGCAUGCUAUUCCAAUGCUAGCCCAACAACAUAUAUUGGCAGGGCUGGCUUCUGUUGUGGGUGGGUUGAGUGCUCCAUAUGAAAAGGCUUCUCAUGUGCAUGAAAGGCCUGUUGUAAAUUGGCUCUGGGCGACAGGUUGCCACCCAUUUGGACCAUUCUCUAACACUUCACAAGUCAGUCAAUUGCUCAAGGAUGUUGCCCUGAGGAACACAAUAUAUGCACGCGUUGAUUCAGCCCUUCACCGGAUCAGGGAGACAUCAGAGGCUGUCCAAGCUUUUGCCGCAGAACAUCUGAAAACUCCUCUGGGUGAGCCAGUGAAGGGUAAAAAGAACAAAACAAGCACUGAAUUAUGGCUGGAAAAGUUCUAUAAAAAGACUACGAACUUGCCUGAACCAUUUCCCCAUGAUUUAGUUGAUCGUCUAGAAAAAUACUUGGAUAGCCUUGAGGAACAACUCGUAGAAUUGUCUUCCCUACUAUAUGAUCAUCGCUUGCAAGAAGCACACUCAAAUAGUUCGGAUAUCUUGCAAAGUUCCAUUUUCACUCAGCAGUAUGUGGAACAUAUUUUGGCUUCUGAGAGAGAGAAAAUGAAAUGCUGCAGUAUCGAAUACAAGCUUCCUGUGCAGUCUUCUCAGAAUUUAGUUUAUGCUGGUAUUCUUUUAGCCGGAUUUUUCGUGUAUUUUGUUGUAAUUUUCUUUUCAUCUCCUGUACGUUAAUUUCAGGAAGAAUCUCUAUUGUGUUAAGUUCACAAAAAUUUUGAAGGAAAUGGUAAGAUGAAAUUUGAGCAA